GAAAUAAAAAUAACCAUUGCUAUGGCUAUUGACGUAAAAUACAGAUAUGUUAUGGGAAUAGAAUUGGGUGAUUUGUUCUCUUCAGUAUCUGUGGCUCACGUAAAAGAUCCGGCCAAUAUAUAUAGUGUCGAGAGCUGGGACAAUGAACAGGAAGCAUGGACUAAUAGACACUAUCGAUUUCCUACAUCAAUCAGGUACAAUAACGAUUGGAUGGGGACCAAAUCUCUUGGGGUUGAGUAUGACACCAAUAACAUGGACGACCAUGGCUCAACUUCAAUAUACCAAAUCAAGCAAUAUUUAUUCCACCCUGACAAAUCCAACGAAAUACUUGGAAAAAUGAAGAAAGGGCUCACCAUCAAAAAAGUACUGGCGGAUUUUCUGGCAGGUUUUGUCCAAUUAGCGCGCAGGAGAUUUCGGGUGCAUGAACAAUUCCAGAAAAGCCAGUUCUAUGAUAACGAUUUAAAGGCCAAAUAUAUUCAUUAUAGAGUAGCUUGCCCUAGUUCUUUACAAGGAUUAAUGAGAGAAUGUUUUGUUUAUGCUGGAAUUACCGACAAUUACAAACUUGAACAACAAUUAUCUUUUGUAACCGAGGUGGAGGCCAUUGCUUAUCAUCAAAUUGCUUUAGACAGGAAAAUCACGGGGCUGAAAAUCGAUCAAAGUUAUCUGAUUUGCAGUGUAAGCGAGAAUUCGGUUGGUAUUGCUGAUAUAUGUGUAGAUACAACUGAAGCGCUUAGUACAGUAGAAUUGGUGGGUGAAAAUUUGAAGGGUGGAUCUACGGCCUUGGAAAAUCGAUUUCGAGAUUAUCUGGAAGAAAGAUGCAUUUGGUUCAAUCAAAGUCCCGAGACUAUCGAAAAGGCAUGUUCUGAUUUUCUGGACACCAUGAAGUUUGGAUUUAAAGUAAUAGAUCCCAACGCAUGUGCUUUCGAAUUACAAGAUGUAAACAAAAACACCGUCCAUAUUUCCUACGAAAAUCUUGACCGAGCUGUGUUUUUACCGUAUAUCGAUACUAUUAUUCAAUGCAUCCUUGAUAUAUACAAAAAAUUAAAAGGAAACCGUCAACUUCUUCUUUCUGGAAAGUAUGGCCAAGACCCUUAUUUUAUCAAGCACUUGGUCUAUGAUAUUGAUGAAACUUGUUUACAACGUGUUGACCUUGUUAAAAAUUUAUUUGAUUCCAUAUCCUCUGGUGCUGUCACUUCUGCUUUAAGGAAAAGUGAGGUUCGUACCCCUUUAUUUCAUUCUCAUAGUAAUGAUUUGGUUGAGGAAGACUAUUAUGCUGACAGAAGAACUGAUAACAUUGAAGAAGAUUACGAUUUUAUUGUUGGAUUAGGUAAAGUAUAUUUUUUUUUUGAUAUAGUCAGCUCGGUCGAUUUAACUUUCAAGUAAAAAAAAAAAAAAAA